AUGGAGCGCGAAUACCACCAACGGGACUUUGACGGCCCUCCGCGCCCUCGACCAAAGCGCGCGGUAACCGACUAUGGCGCGACAACGGUACAAUGGAUGCGCAAUCGGCGCCCGCGAUACAAGAACCUCGCCAUGCCCGAGGUCGAAAGGCCAAGUGCCAGCUACAUUGUGGACAUGGAGCCACCCGCAGCGCGACUCGCCAGCGCUGCCGAAUCCAUACCCGCAAAAGCCGUGCACUCUUCUCUCAACAAAGUCAAGCAUCCCAUAAAUGUUGUCAAGUGGACUCCAGAGGGUCGACGGCUGCUCACCGGCUCAACGAGCGGCGAGUUCACGCUAUGGAAUGGCAUGGGCUUCAACUUUGAGACCAUCAUGCAGGCACACGAGGCGGCUAUCCGCGCUGUCGAGUACACAUCGACCGACGAUUGGCUGCUUUCGGCCGACCAGACGGGCGUAGUCAAGUACUGGCAGACAAACUUCAACAAUGUCAAGGAGAUACAGGCGCACACUGAAGCAGUACGAGGCCUCGCUAUAGCCCCGACAGACUCCAAAUUCGUCACAUGCGCCGACGACACCACACUCAAGAUCUGGGACUUUGCGUCGAGCACCGAAGAGUCAACGCUGACUGGACACGGCUGGGAGGUAAAGUCGGUCGAUUGGCACCCUCACAAAGGACUGCUGGUGUCAGGGUCAAAGGAUCACCAAGUCAAGUUUUGGGACCCGCGCACAGGCCGAUGUCUCACCACACUUCAUGGACAUAAGAACCCAAUAUCAAAAACAAUGUUCGAGCCUGUCCAAGGAAACAUGCUAGCCACAUGCGCCCGUGACCACACAGCACGCAUCUUUGAUCUCCGAAUGAUGCGCGACGUUCUCCUGCUUAAGGGGCAUGAGAAGGACAUCAUCACCAUGGCCUGGCAUCCCAUGCAUAAGAACCUACUUUCCACGGGUGGCGUUGAUGGUAGCAUACACCACUACCUCCUCGACGAACAAAACCCACCCGCUGGCGUCCCACCCUCGAUAUCACCGUACGACGCCGCAGACUCGCAAAACGCCCCAGCUCAAACUAUAUACCCCGCCCACAGCAUGCAAUACGCCCACGACUUCACCGUCUGGACGAUGGACUGGCACCCACUCGGCCACAUCCUUGCAUCGGGUUCUAACGACCGCGUCACCCGCUUCUGGACGCGUCCAAGGCCAGGCGACACCAACUACGUCAACGACCGCUAUCACAUUGGCCAAGCAGCUGCCGAAGCACAGGGAACAUACGACCGCGGCCAGGGCAGGCGGCAGAAGAUGGAGGAAGAAGAGCAAGAAGCGGAAGACGAAGCGGAGGGGCUCGUGGACCAGAAGCUGCCGUCGAGGCAUCCCGGUGCCCCAUCUUUCCUGCCACCAGGUCUCUCAUUACCAGGCCUCAACGCUGCACCAGAUGGCACGUCGAGCGCUUUACCUGGUAUCGGCGGUGUACCACAUCCGCCUCUACCUCCACCACCAGCAGGAUUACCGUUCCACCCACAACUAGGUGCAGGUGGCGGACCCCCCAUGCCCUUUUCCGGCAUGGAUCCCUCGCGGCUCGCGCAACUCAUACAGUCAGGCGCUCUACCACCACCUCCUAUCCCCCAGGGCCCUCCGCCUCCAAACGCGAACGGAGCACUGCCUUUCCCGCCACCAAACUUCGCUUUCCCACCGCCAGGCAUGCCCCCUAUGCCCGGGAUGCCAGGAAUGCCCUCUAUACCUGGGAUGCCGCCUUUACCACCCGGUAUGCCUCCCCCUGGCUUCCCUGGGUUUCCCCCACCGCCUGGAGGGAUGACGGGACCGCCGCCGGGUUGGACUCCUCCUCAGCCACAGCAAGUCUUUGGGAAUGAGCAGGGCGGGCCUGUUGGUGGAGCAGGUGGUAUUAGGAAGAGGAUACCACUACCUGACCAACAGGACGCGUUGAAGAUGGAGAUGAAUCAGGGGCGGUAUCGGAAGCCGAGAUAG